AUGGGCAGCACUGCUGGGCGAGAAGCAGCCGGGCAGCGAGGGGCCAUCUUGUGCUGCUGGGGCAUCUCAGGUCGUGCAUCUGCACACCUGCUGUGCCCGGCUUCCCCAUCAUUAGCAUUACGGGGCUGCAUUGCCUGCAGCACGCAGACAUCAUCGCCCUGCCGUGACUGGGUGCAGUCUCUGCUCUCAGCCUCCCCUCUCCAGCUCAGGAGAGCGAGCAUGAGUUAAUGAUGGCACUCACUGCGCGUAGCAAAACCUGCAGCGUCCCACAGCCCGCUGACCUUGGGGUGCGGGCGCAGCGCCAGGGGUCGGGUGCCACCUAGGGGCUCCUCCUGUGCCUUGGAAGCUCUCCAUUGCCUGAGUUGUAAGGUAAAAGCCAGGACAGGCACAGUUUGCUGUGGUCAGGAAGUAGGAAGGCACUGACUGUGGUCGUCUGUGUCCUGCGAUGGCUGAGCCCUUCUGCAGGCAGGCUGUGGGUGCUGCAGGGUGGCUCUCACUGGAGGUAUUCCCCUGCUCACCCAUCAGCAUGCGUCUGAGCCGUGCUGUUUCUGUGUUCCAGCUCCUUGCGCGCAUUGAGCGCAUGGAAAGAAGAGUGCAGCUGGUGAAGAAGGACACCGAGAGAGAAAAACACAGGAUUUUCCAGGGCUUCGAGGUGGAUGAGAAGGCUGAAGCAGAGGCGUGUGAGAAACUGCCACUGGAAUGCCCACAGGAACUGCUGGAGCCCUCGCAAACCCUGCAGCCCAAGCACUUCCCCUACGGCCGGAAUGGGAAGGGGCAUAAAAGGAAGCCGGCGUUUGGGAGCGCAGAGAGGAAAACGCCCGUUAAGAAAUUGGUGUCUGAGUUCUCAAAGGUGAAGGGUAAAACUCUGAAGCACUCUCCGGUGAAAGAGGAGUCGAGUGGUUCUUUGUCUGAAACUGUUUGCAAACGAGAACUGCGGAGCCAAGAGACUCCAGAAAAAAACAGGUCGCUGCUGGAGACCCCGCUCAGACCCUCCGCCCCGCUGAAGGGCCCCAGCAGCCACCCCAAGGAAAAGGGCUUCUUCAGCGAGAUAGACGAUCUGCCCUACCUUUCCACCACGGAAAUGUACUUGUGUCGCUGGCAUCAGCCCCCCCCAUCACCGUUGCCGUUACGAGAGCCCUCCCCAAAGAAGGAGGAGACUGUAGCAAUUCCAUCUUGGAGGGACCAUGUUGUGGAGCCCCUGCGAGACCCCAACCCCUCAGACAUCCUGGAGAACCUCGAUGACAGCGUGUUUUCCAAACGGCAUGCAAAACUGGAGUUGGAUGAAAAACGAAGGAAAAGAUGGGAUAUCCAAAGGAUCAGGGAACAAAGAAUUUUACAGCGACUGCAGCUCAGAAUGUAUAAAAGGAAAGGAAUUCAGGAGUCGGAGCCUGAAGUUACCUCAUUUUUCCCUGAGCCGGAUGAUGUGGAAAGCUUGUUGAUCACCCCCUACCUGCCUGUCGUUGCCUUUGGCCGCCCCUUACCCAAACUGACCCCACAGAACUUCGAGCUGCCCUGGCUGGAUGAGCGCAGCCGCUGCCGGCUGGAGGUGCAGAAGAAGCAGACCCCCCACCGGACCUGCAGGAAGUAGCAGCGCAGCGGAGCCGGGAGCUCUAAAUCCUCAACGCACAACGUUGGUUCUUUUUUAAUUUAAGCCUUCUGAGGGUGGCAGCGUGGCAGCGACCCGACCCCCCUCACGCUGUGCCAGGAGGAGCCCCGUUCUGUGCCAGGCUGUUCCUACGGGCGCAGUGCUGGAGGGCGCUGCUCGCCGCUCCCCGCGGCUGAGCGGCAGGAAAUGGGGAACAAACGUUAAUUAAACGCAUCGCCCCGCCCUGCCGUGCGCGUGCGGCCUGGGCCCGGCCCGGAGCCCGCCCCGUGUGCCUGGGUCGCUGUGUAAAUACCCCCGGUGCUGACUCAAUGCAGACGUUUUGUUUGUUUGUUUGUUUGUUUGUUCUGUUUUUGGUUGUUUUUUUUUUUUCCUUUUUUUUUUU